AUGACAGGUGACUUGAGCUUUGUGAUGAUCAAUUGGUACAACGCAGCCCUAUUCUACCUCAAUCAAGGGGACUUUCUCCGCAACCACCACAUACGAAGUGUCCAGGCAGUCGCUGUGCUAUCAAUAGUGUUCAAUAAUAUCAAGGACACUAACUUCCAAGAAUCCCUACUCGCAAGCGCAAUCCGGAUUGGCCAGGCACUCAAUUUGGACCAAGACUCAGCAAAUAUACACGAGACUUUUAUUCAACGGGAAACCCGACAAAGAGCAUGGUGGACAUUGAUAAUUUGUGAAUGGCUUGCAACCCCACGCCGACCGUCAUGUAUCAGUGAACUAGACUUUGAUGUUGCCCUUCCAUCGGUUGCGACGGACGAUGAGAUUUUCCGAGAGGAGAUCCGCCUUCAAUACCCCGAACGACAGCCACGAUCCAUCCAGUACCAUAUUGCAAUGGCAAAGAGUGCACUGGUAUACCACAGAUUUAAUUCUUUACUUCGUUUAUCUCAGUGGGAUACUUCACAUAUGACCAGUGCGGUGAUAGAUGCAGAUCAAGAACUCGCAUACAUCAUUGAUGACUUGCCCUCGCAUCUCCAGGCCGAUGAGGUUCAAACCUGGAAGACGGAUCAACGGGACUUGCAGCAUCCUUGGAUACCAUGGCAAAAGGCAAGCUUGUCUACCGUGCUCUUGUACUAUCGGUCUGUCAUAAAUCGUACACUCCAACCACACUGGUUGAAGGGGGAGAACGUGCAAGCCAGAACCAGCUCCAUCUGUCUUAGUUCUGCCCAGGCAAUUAUAUCGAAUCUACGAACAGGGUUUGUAAAGAAAAGUCGUUGGAGGCCUUGGGCGAUUACCUUCAAAGGUUUUUCUGCAGCAUUGACGUUGAUUCGGGAGAUGAAAAAAAGUGAGGAAACGAAUGCGUCUCAUGCGGAAAUCGAGUUCGCUCUCAAAUUUCUUGAUGCUGGGCAGGAAAAUGACCUCUUUGCUUCUACUGCGGCCCGGUUUCUGCGAGAAUACAUGUUGAUCGAUGAAUAA